AUGGACAAGAGUUGGAUUGCAUUAGGUAGCACGGUUGAUGGAAGGAUAAGUCGGGCAUAUAAUGAUGGGGUAAUAUCAUUUCUCCGUUUUGCAAUGGCGGUUAUUGAUCGAGACAGUAAAAUUUUGUGCCCUUGUCGAAAGUGUGUGAAUGUUAUUCGUCAAAAAUUUCAAAUUGUUCAAAUUCAUUUGCUGCAACAUGGGAUUAUUCCAACUUACACUAUCUGGCAUGUGCAUGGGGAACCCCGUGAAUCAAACGAGGCUUAUCAUCAUGAUAUACCCGUUGAGGGCAAUGAGGUUUUGGGAGGUAUUGAUGCCUUAGUGGAAGAUCGAAUAAGAGGGGAAUCAACUAAUACAACUCAAGAGGAGGAGGUUCGCACUUUUGAUAAAUUAUUGAAUGAUGCCAAACGUGAGGUGUACCCAGGUUGCACAAAUUACACUUUGUUAAAAUUUGUCAUCGAGAUACUUAAUAUGAAGGUAACAAACCAUUGGAGUAAUAAGUCAGUUGACAUGAUGCUAGAGUUUUUAACAAAACUUUUACCGAAGGAUAAUUUGGUUCCAAAGUCAACUUAUGAAGCUAAAAAAAUACUACGUGAAUUGGGUUUGUCAUACGAGCUCAUUGAUGCUUGUGUAAACGAUUGUGUGCUCUUUUGGAAGGAGAAUGCAACAUUGGAUAAAUGUCCAAAUUGUAAGGCUUCUAGAUACAAGACAAAUCAUGGUAGAGGUAAGAAGAUCUCUCGUAAGGUUCUUCGAUACUUCCCGUUAACACCGAGAUUGAAAAGGUUGUACAUGUCGAGGAAGAGAGCCGAGGAUAUGAAAUGGUUCAAGGAAAAACGUCUAGAUGACGGUGUAUUGAGGCAUCCUGCAGAUAGUGAUGAGUGGAAGGAAUUCGAUACACAACAUCCUGAAUUUGCCUUGGAGCCUCGGAAUGUGAGGCUAGGGUUGGCUACUGAUGGUUUCAACCCUUUCGGAAAUAUGAAUAACUCAUAUAGUUUGUGCCCUGUCGUACUCAUUCCGUACAACUUGCCACCGUGGUUGGCUAUGAAGGACCCAUUUUUCAUGCUAUCAUUACUUAUUCCUGGUGAAUCACAACCAGGAAUUGAUAUUGAUGUCUACAUGAGACCUUUAGUGGAAGAAUUGAAUGAAUUAUGGAAAAAUGGUACAUUAACCUAUGAUGCCUCGACUGGUGAGACUUUCUGCAUGCGUGCAGCUUUGCUGUGGACGAUACAUGAUUGGCCCGCAUUUGGUGACAUUUCUGGAUGGAGAACAAAGGGUCAUUACUCUUGUUACACUUGCAAUGAUGAACCAUAUUUUGAAUCUUUAAGAAGUAAGACUGCGUACAGUAACCAUCGAUGCUACUUGCCUGAUGACCACCCAGAAAGGCGAAAGAGUAGAGCAUAUAAUGGCAAGCAUGAAAAACGGAAGAGAUCUUUGGUGAUACCGAUAGAAAAGAUUGAAGAACAAUUGGGCAGCGUGACGGGUGUCACAUAUGGAAAACAUCCAAGCAACAGGAAAAGACCUCGUCAGAACCCAAAUUGGACAAAGGUAAGCAUCUUGUAUGAGCUACCGUAUUGGAAGAAAAGGAGGCUUCGACACAACAUUGAUGUCAUGCAUGUGGAGAAGAACUUUAGUGAAAAUGUUUUUGGAACGAUGUUGGGAAUUGAUGGAAAGAACAAGGAUACAGAUAAGGCACGAAUGGAUUUAGAAGACAUGAAUAUAAGGAAAGAAUUGUGGCUAACAACAAAUCCCGAUGGAUCCUAUGCUCAAGGACACUGA